ACACGGGAAGAUAUACAGCAACUUCUAAUGCGAAUUCGUUUCCCACAGCAACUCAUUUUUAAUUCUGGUUUGAGCAGUAGAAAUGGCAAAUAGGACUGUUAAAGAUGCAAACAGUAUACAUGGAACAAAUCCACAAUACUUGGUAGAGAAAAUUAUUCGUACUCGAAUUUAUGAAUCAAAAUAUUGGAAAGAAGAAUGCUUUGGACUGACUGCCGAACUUGUCGUUGACAAAGCCAUGGCGUUGAAGUUUGUCGGAGGAGUCUAUGGAGGAAAUAUCAAACCUACACCGUUCCUGUGUCUCACUCUGAAGAUGCUACAGAUUCAGCCAGAAAAAGACAUCAUUGUAGAAUUCAUCAAGAAUGAGGAUUUCAAGUAUGUCCGCUUGCUAGGGGCAAUGUACAUGAGGUUGACUGGGACAUCAGUGGAUUGCUACAAAUACCUGGAACCACUGUACAACGACUACCGAAAAAUCAAGAGUCAGAACCGAAAUGGAGAGUUUGAGCUGCAACAUGUAGAUGAGUUCAUUGAUGAACUGCUACACUCUGAGAGAAUGUGUGACAUCAUCCUUCCCAGGCUUCAGAAAAGACAGGUCCUUGAGGAGGCGGAGUUAUUAGACACACGCAUCAGCGCCCUAGAAGAGGACCUGGAUGAAGUGGAGACCAGUGACGAGGAAGACGAGGAAGAGGAAAAGCCAGAGAGAGUUCAGACCCCAGAGCCCCACAGACGGAGUUACCGGGACAACGACCGCCCUCGCCGUUCGCCCUCUCCACGCUACAGACGCAGCCGUUCACCCAGACGGAGGAGCAGAUCACCCAAGAGACGAAGCCCAUCCCCCAGACGAGAACGCCACCGCAGCAAAAGUCCCCGUCGCCACCGCAGCCGCUCCCGAGAGAGACGUCACCGCUCAAAGUCCCCAGGCCAUCACAGAAGCCACAGGCAUCGCAGUCACUCCAAAUCCCCAGAGAGGAGUUCAAAAAAGAGCCACAAGAAGAGUCGAAGAGGAAACGAGUGACCCAUUUUUGUAUUUUGUUCUCUUGGACAUUUCCUCUUUUUGACUUGGAAGUUGUGGCAAAAUGUUUACGUCUGUGUAUGGAAUCACUGGUAUUUUGUAUUUAAUUUUGGAAACUGAUUGCAUUUAAAAAAUAUUUUCAGACCA